AUGUCAUCCAGAUUUGGCAGUGCAAGAGAGUAUGAAACUAAUGACCAGUUGCCUGGUCGUUCAGUGUCCCCGCCAGUCCCAGAGUCUAGUGAGACUGAGGCUGAAGGCUUGAUAUUUUAUCACAUGGAUCUUUAUGGAUCAAAGGAGAGGUUUGAUAUCUUUCCUGAAGAGCUGUCUGGUCAAGGAGACCGAUCUCGGGGGGAUACAAGAAGGGAAUCUGCAUUGAGCAGUGAAAAAAUUCAUCACUCACAAGAAGCUGGAUAUGACUUGGAAAAGGAGGUUGCAGAAUUGGCUAAGAUGUAUGGACUUGAUGAAGAUAGGGAAAAAGAGCUUGAACUUCUUGGAGGACACCUUGAGAUGGUGGAGCGCAGAUGGCCACCUCCUCGCACAGAAAAAGCAAGGUCACAAGGCUCCAUAUAUAAUGCAUCAAAAAGCAGCUCGCCAGUGAAAGAUAAAAGUCAAAGCACAAAGCAACAGGGACUUCCUGGUGAAGCUUCUCAAGAUGAAGACCAGAGCGAAGCCACAGCAGAGGAUGAGGCUGAGCACCACAUACGGUCCAGAGAGGAGCUUAACAGCGGCGGCAUGUCAGAUGAGUGGAGCAGUCUGGCUGUCAGUGAGGAGGAGGAAGUGGCAGAUGUUUUUUGUUCUACCUGCAAGAUGCCAAUCCGAGCUUUUGACAAACUGUUUGGUGAGCACAAGGAUCAUGAGGUGGCUCAGCUCCCCAGUGCUGUGGAAAGUGAAAAGGAGGAGAUUCAUAAAAACAUGUGCAAACUGGAAGAGCAGAUUGCUCAGAUGGAAAACUUUGCCAGUCACUUGGAGGAAAUCUUCAUCACUGUAGAGGAAAACUUUGGGAGGCAGGAGCAGAACUUCGAGGUGCAUUACAAUGAUGCAGUGCAAGUGCUUGCUCAGAAGUAUGAAGAACAGUUGGAAGCACUCGGGGAAGAGAAGAGGCGGAAGCUGGAAGCUUUAUAUGGGCAGCUGGUCAGUUGUGGGGAACAUCUUGACACCUGCAAGGAGCUGACAGAGACAACCCAGGAGCUUUACCUGGAAAAUGACAAAGCCAAUUUUAUGAAGGUAAGGAUCUUUAACUUUUCCAGACUGGAAGAAUUCUUAAAGAAAGAAGUGGAUUUAAAGCUUUCAACAUUGCCAGACUUUGAAGAGCGGGUCAUAGAUUUCUCUGAAGUUGAACAACUAAUGAACUCCAUUAAUACUAUUCCAGCUCCUUGUGCCCCUGUGAUCAAUCCCCAGGCUCCCAACGCAGCAACUGGCACCUCACUGAGAGUUUGCUGGGGCCUCUUCUCAGAUGACACUGUUGAGUGCUACCAUCUGUGCUAUAAACCAGUGAGCAACGAGAGGCACAGUGAUGAACAAGCAGAGCAUACGCUGAAAGUCAAAGAAACAUACUGCACCAUUACUAAUCUGUUGCCGAAUACACAAUAUGAAUUUUGGGUCAGUGCUUUAAAUGCCUCUGGCAUCAGUCCACCAAGUGAAAGAGCGGUAUCUUAGAAUUGUUUUUUUGCCUACUUUUUAGCUCCUUCACCACCUACCAUAAAGAGUAAAAAGAUCCGCAGCUGUGAAAACGCAGCACUAGUGUGCUGGGAAUCUAGAGAUGUUAACCCUGUUGAUUCCUACAUGGUUGAAUUGGCCAAGCUGACAGAUGAAGAAAAUGGAGAUAUUAUUACUGAAUCUAUUGUUGGGAUUCCUAACUGUGAAGUCCUAAUUCACCUCCAGCCAAGACAAAGCUAUCACAUCUGUGUCAGAGCUCUAAACCUGGGUGGUACCAGUGAAAGAAGUGAACCUGUCCUGAUACACACCACAGGCACCUACUUCUGCCUUAACGAGGACACAGCCCAUCCUUUACUGGCGAUUCUAGAUGAUGGAUUUACAAUUGCAUGCGAUGAACUGGAAAACCCAGAGUGUGAUCUGCCUGUCUAUGAUAACAGCUUUACAAGAUGCAUUGGGAUCCUGGGCAGUCUGAUCCCAUUUCCAGGAAAGCAUUACUGGGAGGUGGAAGUUGAAGAAGAUACAGAGUACAGGAUCGGCGUGGCUUUUGAAAACACUCCGAGACAUGGUUAUCUGGGGGCAAACAACUCAUCCUGGUGCAUGAGGCAUAUCAUCACACCAUCCAGGCACAAGUACGAAUUCCUGCACAGCGGGAUGACACCAGACAUCAGAAUUACUGUCCCCCCGAGAAGGAUUGGCAUCCUGCUGGACUACGAGAACUGCAGACUGUCAUUUUUCAACGCAGAUAUUGCCCAGCACCUCUACGCGUUCAACUCACACUUCCAGCAUUACGUCCACCCCUGCUUUGCUUUGGAAACGCCUGGUAUCCUACGGAUACACACUGGGAUUGUGAUACCCCCAUGGGCUGCCCUCCUGUAA